AUGUCACAUUUAAGCGAUCGACAACGAGAAGAACUUUACAAAGCUCUUUUAUCUUAUUUUUCAAAAUCAGAAUUUCCUAAAACAUUUUUGACUUUUAAAUCUGAAUUAUCUAAUAAAGGAAUUAAUAUUGAUAUUAAUGAGGAAAAUGAGCAUAAAUAUGAUAAACUUUUAGAAAAAAAAUGGUCAAGUGUAAUUAGAUUGCAAAAAAAAAUUAUGGACUUAGAAACACAACUGCACACAGCACAAACGGAACUAUCUACUAUACCAUCUGAUAAAAAUUAUUCUGAAGACAUAUCAUACUGGAUCCCACGCGCUCCAGCAAGACAUACUUUAACAGGUCAUAGACAAUCAAUAACAUCUGUUGCCUUUCAUCCAGUUUUUACUAUUCUUGCUAGUGCAGCAGAAGAUUCCACAAUAAAAAUCUGGGACUGGGAAACAGGGGAUUUCGAGCGGACUUUAAAAGGGCAUACAAAAGCAGUUCUUGAUAUUGAUUUUAAUGCAUUUUCUGAUUCAAAUUAUCUUGUGUCUUGUUCAUCUGAUUUAACAAUAAAACUAUGGGACUCUGAAAAUGACUAUAAAAACAUAAAAACUUUUUAUGGCCAUGAUCAUUCUAUAUCUUCUGUAAAAUUUCUUCCACCUAGUGGUGACCGAAUUGUUAGUGUUUCAAGAGAUAGAAAUAUAAAAAUUUGGGAAAUAUCAACAGGAUUUUGUACAAAAACUAUUUCUAGUGCUCAUAUUGAUUGGAUAAGAACAAUUUGUCCAUCUGAUGAUGGAAAAUUGCUACUUUCAGCAGGAAAUGACCGAAUAGCAAAAAUAUUUGAUGUUUAUGAUGGUGAAUGUAAGUUAGAAUUUCAAGGGCAUGAACAUGUUAUAGAAUGUGCAAUUUUUGCUCCUAACUCAGCAUUUAAAUUUCUUACAGAACUCUCAGGUAUUCAUCUUUCAAAAAAUUCUACAGGUUAUAUAGCAACAGGGUCCCGAGAUAAAACAAUAAAGCUUUGGGGAUGUCAGACCGGGCAAAUGAUUAAAACCUUAUCAGGUCAUGAUAAUUGGCUCAGAGCACUUGUAUUCCAUCCAUCUGGUAGAUACUUAAUAAGUGCAUCUGAUGAUAAAACUAUACGAUGCUGGGACCUAAGUCAAAGUGGCAAAUGUACUCGAAUAAUAAAGGAAGCACACUCUCAUUUUAUAAGUUGUUUGCGCUGCACACCUAAUCUUCUGAAAUAUUCUACUACGAAUAAAUCAAAUAAAGUUUCUAACAAAUCAUCCAAUUCUAAAAAAAUUGCAAUAGCCAGCGGAGGUGUCGACUUAGUAAUACGAAUAUGGAUGCCAUAA